AUGUGGCAGUCAGCAGAGAAGGGACUUCCAAGCAAUCUUCUACUCGCACUUGGCGCGUGUGACAAGGAUGCUUUUCCAAACAUCCAUCGUCUUCUUCUCAUUGCAUGUACCCUACCAAUCAGUAUUGCGGAAGCCGAGUGAUCCUUUCACUCAUGAAAUGGAUCAAGACGAGCACCAGAUCAAUGAUAUAUGAAGAGAGCUUUUCAGAUCUCGCCAUUAUUGCUGUGCAUUACCCCGAGAGAUUCGAGGUAGAC